AUGUUUACCGAAUUACUCUACAUUUCGCACGACCAAGAAUGGAUGGCAAGGGCACCUGCUCUAAUGGACGACACGUCGCAUCAGUAUCAACUGUAUGAAGCGUUUCACGCUCUCAAGGACACGGAGUUCACCGGAGAUGUGGCCGACGUGAAGGCUCGACUUCUAGAUAAAUUGUUGGCUAUUGAGACUCUAUCUGAUAGAAACGCGACGAGCGCACAACUUCAACAAAUAUCACCUCUGACAGCCUUCCCCCACUAUGUGGCAGAAACCUUGCUGAACGCUGGAAUCCGGAUGCAGGGUGGUCGGAGUCAGAGCGGGAUUCUUCACGGUUUUGCGCUAAACAUCAAGGGUCCAAAUGAGCAUCACUCACACCAAGAUGUCGACCCCGACCCUCCACCGUCCACCGUGUUGUCUUUGCGUCUUAACCACCGUGGCCCUCUUUUGUUUGAAUUCCUGGCGAGGCAUUUCAACUGUAUCAUCUACGAGUUCACCUCGGUUGGAACAGUGGAUCGAUUCGCCCCUGGAGACGACAAGACGCCCUGCUUCUCGAUGGGGUUUUUGAGGGCGUGUGAUGGCAUUGGAACACUCGUGGAGUACUUUGUCCUGGGCCCUGCUCGUCAUGCAGAGCCCCGUCCCUCCUCUACGCCUUCUCCUCCUGCGCCUUUUUACGAUCCCCAACACCCACACCCCGCCAUCCUUCGUCAUGAGAAACGCGCGAGGAAAGGAGCCAAACGGGAUCGGGAACUGACAGAGUUUGACGAUAGUGCGGCGAUUGAGCUGUAUGCCUCUGCUUGUCGUCACCGGUUGGACAACUUCAUUCUUGCUGAGGCCGACAAAAUUCGGAAAAUGUCGCCCAAGUCCAAUCCCAAGAACAGAAACGCCAUUAUGCAGGAUCUCAAAGCACGUCUGAUGGCAAAACCUCACACCCCCGACGGAGUCUUCAUGGAGUACAUGGAGUUGAUGCAAAAGGAGCUCAACAACACCAAAAUCACCCGCAGGAGGGCUGAAGGCAAACUCGGAAAAGGACCGGUGAUGAUUUGGCGACGGGUAGUGAGCGAUGACAUGGAGGUCCGGUGGAAGGAGACAGUCGAUGGAGUAGUUCAAGGGUCCGACUAUCAACCCAAGGGCAAGAAGUCCAUGGGAUCUGCUGCAAGGAACAACGUCGCAAGCAGUGAGAGCAAGGCCAUGACGCCCCCGGUUGGAUCGUCAUCAACAACAACUCCAAGGCCUUCAGGGGAUAUGGUGGACAAGGCAAGUGUGGAUAUGGACAAGGACAUGGAUGUCGACGAUGGAGGAGAGAGCAACGUCGUGGAUCUUGGCAGCAAGUCCGAUACUGAUGAGGAUGAUGCAGGCCCUAGUAAUGGGUACCAGUCGUUCACCAUGACGCUUCUACAGUCUCUGAGGCCCGAUUUACACGAACAGCACGACGAGAUUGCAGAGAUACUGGAAGCAAAGCAGGAUAUUGCAUCUGAUUUCGCAUCAGAUGUUGCCCUUCUCGGAAGGAAGGUGGUCUUGGAGGCCGGAUUGCAGUUCAAGGGUAGGACUGAUGACGGCUUUCUUUUGAGCCAGAUAUUCCCGGCCGGCUUUCAGUCUCGUCUGCCCAAUGUCGAUCUCGAUACUGUACGGGUGCCCGUAGCAGCCCUGGAUCCGGAGCUCGAGAGAUUGAUCGAGACCAAGGACGAUACACCUCGAGGCAAGGAUGUCCGAAGUAUUUUAUCUUCAGUAGCGCUGUCGUUUUUGUCUGUAAGGCAUCUUGGCGUCCACGCAGACGAGGACAACACCUCAGGAAACAGAAGCACCUCCUCACCAGUCGACCACACCUUUUGGCAGGACCUCUCUGACAGCAUACGCGCCUCGUCACCAUCAGCACCUUCACCAAAUAUCGAUACAAACAGCCACCCUCUUACCAACUUUUCAAAGACCACCAGGGCCAUGCUUAACGACAUCUCGUCUAAUUUUACCAACAUCUGGGAUGGUCCGUUAUUCGACAAAAUAUUUCACACAUUCUGCAACAUUAUUUUACGACUACAUCUCACACCGACAAAGGAGGAGGAGUGUAGAAAACGCGAGGCUCGGCAAAAGCAGGAGCGGGACGCCAAGAAGGAGGAGUCGACUAUGAAGACCUCCAAGAGUCGAAAGUGCUGGUGGAAACGUCUGCGAAGCCUACAGUCAGAUUUGGCCCAUUGUCUCCGUCAGCCGGGAUCAGACAAGAAGGCAGUCAGACUGAACACCAUCACCAAUGCGUUGCGAGGACUGGCGGGGUCAGAGCCUGAGAUUCUUCAUGUUCAGUUGCCAGGCCUGGAGGAACAGUUGGAGGCUAUGGGAAGGACAUCUGCUACGACACCAGUGGGCGAUUCUCUGAUUGACGCGCUAUGCAGCAGAGUUGAAGCAGAAGAUCAACAUUGCGACUUUCUACUGCAAGAAGAGCAGGGUGCCGUUGAAGAUUGGGCAAGGGAUGAGUUGAAACAUGCCUCAAAACCAGUGGAUGAGCGGGUGCUACGGAUGGGAUUGUGUUUGUUGACAGAUGGCGCAUCAGAGUUAUGGGACACCCGCUACCUCAUCAGGACGACCUACGACAAGGCUACCCAGUCACCAGCAGCUUCGACAUAA